GCCAACAGUGUUAGAUCUACUGUGCUGCUAAUUUCACAUGCAGGAUUCAGUCUCAUGAGUUCUACAGUUGGGGAGGGGCGGGUCCAGAUCCUCCUAGUGCUGCCUCCAGCGAAGGGUGUGCUUCACUCUGUACAUCCCCAUCCUGUCUUCAGUGGUACCAGGAGCCACUGACAUCAACAACACAGAGACUCUGGCAGGGCAAAGUAUACAGACAUGGCCUUUGACUGCAGCCUAGGCCCAGAGGACACUAUGGACCCUGUUGGUAACAUAGGUCACUCAGAUCUGUAUGACCUCAUCAGAAGCACAUCCCUUGGACUAACAUGUUCCUAUAUGGUGACCCAAAUCUCUAUGUGUGUUUCUUGUUUGGCAACACAGGUCAUGGACAUACACAGAUGCUGGCUGCAUUUGCUACAUGGACCCAGGCAUGAUCCUAGACCAUGAAUACCACCAUGACCCUGGUUGGAAAUGUAGGUCACUGAGAUCAGCAAGGAAGCAACAACAUGGCCCAGGAUGGUCCAGGUGGUGACCCAGAUUACAGGAGAACUGAGUCAACAGACCCAUGGUGUUGCACCUGCUGUGCGGCCUGCAUUCGAGAAUGUAGCAAGGUGGUCGGGAUAGAUGACACAGAGACCGGCUGCUUCUGUGACUGUGGAGGUGGGCGUGAAGCCCCUUGGUGGUGUUUUGGCACCGUGGGAUCGGCUUGGCUUGGUGAGGUGUAGUGUGCCACGCAGAGUGACUCCACAUCCGGAACAUGGCUAUGGAUUGGCUAGGCAGCAUUGUGUCGAUCAACUGUGGAGAUAGCUUGGGUGUCUAUCAAGGAAGAGUGUCAGCUGUAGAUCAGGUCAGCCAGACCAUUUCUCUUACUUGGCCCUUCCACAAUGGAGUGAAGUGUCUUGUACCAGAAGUCACCUUUCGGGCAGGUGAUAUUACAGAAUUAAAAAUCCUGGAGAUACCAGGUCCUGGAGACAACCAACAGUUUGGAGACCUUCAUCAGACAGAAUUAGGCCCUUCUGGUGUUGGGUACCAAGUGGGUAUCAGUCAGAAUGGUACAGGCAAGGUGGUCAAGAAGCCAACCUCUUCUAGUAGUACCCCUCAGAACAUCCCUAAGAGGACAGAUGUGAAGAGCCAGGAUGUUGCCGUUUCUCCUCAGCAGCAGCAGUGCUCAAAGAGUUAUGUGGACAGGCACAUGGAAUCCUUGAGUCAGUCCAAAAGCUUCCGUUGUCGUUACAACUCUUGGUCAUCUAGUAGCAGGCACCCAAACCAGGCAACCCCAAAGAAAAGUGGUUUAAAAAAUGGCCAAAUGAAGAAUAAAGAUGAUGAAUGUUUUGGAGAUGACAUCGAGGAGAUCCCAGAUACAGAUUUUGACUUUGAGGGGAACCUGGCCCUUUUUGACAAGGCAGCUGUGUUUGAGGAGAUUGACACUUACGAGAGAAGUGGCGCCCGUUUCCGUGGUGUCCCAAAUGAACGCCCUGCUAGGUAUCAUCAUGAUGAAAACAUCCUGGAGUCAGGGCCUAUUGUCUACCGCAGGAUCACAGUGCCACACGGUGCGAGCAAGGAGUUCUGCACGGGUGAGCUACAUUGAGUGCACCAUGGCUACUCUUCUUUUUCAGUUUGCUUAAAACAGAGAAACCCAAUUGUUGAGCAAGGAGUUCUGCACUGGUGAGCUACAUUGAGUGCACCAUGGCUACUCUUCUUUUUCAGUUUGCUUAAAACAGAGAAACCCAAUUGUUGAAUCAGAAAUUAGUGACUGGGCAGUUGAUGCAAUGUUAUUGUCUGUUGGGGACGGUGACUAACUUGUCACAGGGCUAUGGUGGAGCAGCAGUUUCAGUACUUGUCCCUUCACGUCCUGUAUCUGGCAGAUUCCAUGUUAAUCUUCAGUCUGGUUUCUCUGAUAACUGUAUUUCACCAGAAAUAUAACUCUGUUUAUUAGUUGCAAGAAGAACUGUAGAUGGAUAAAAUCCAUGUGCUAAAAUUGAAGUUUCAAGAAAUUA